GUUCGCUCAGCCUGUUUUCUAGCGGCUCCUGUUGCCCCGCUGAUCCCCAGCCGUGAGAGCGCGCUGCCCUGUCUGUCACCCGAGAUCCCGAGCGCUCUAUUGACUGAGAGCACAAAGGCCCGUCGUGUCUCAUUGGAUGAACGGACACAAAGACUGAGCCGUCUCGGUGCCGCUUUUCCCGCCCCGUCAGGGGGUGUUUAAAGGAUUAAUUUUCUUCCGUCUCGCUUGCAAGGUCACAGCAGAAUUAUAGGGCCACUGAGGAGCCGCAAAGCAGAGCCUUCCCGGGAAUUUCGGUCCGACUGCAGCACUUUGUGCCGGGUGCGAUGCUCGCUCUGGCCCUUUGUGCUGUUGUGGUGACGCUGGUGCUCGCCGUGGUGUAUCUGGUGCGCACCGACGCCGCGUGGGCCCUGUGGUGGCAUGAUAAUUACUUGGAAAGAUUGAAGGAUUUUGUGAGCGGCACCACGCGCCCAGUACGCAUCCUGAGACACGUUCAGCAGGUGGCACGGCGUGGAGAUGCCCGCAGUGUACUCUGUGCUGUGGAUUCAUACUGCAGCACUGUGGAAUGGGCCAUGAAUGUGGGUGACAAGAAGGGCCAGAUCCUGGAUGCCGCGGUGCAGGAAACGCGCCCCUGUUGGGUGCUGGAGCUGGGCACAUACUGCGGGUACUCUACGGUGAGGAUGGCUCGGCUGCUGCCCCCCGGUGCGCGGCUGAUUAGCGUUGAGAUGAACCGCCACUAUGCCCAGGUGGCAAUAGAAAUCCUGCGGCACGCAGGGAUGGAUGCGCAGCUUACCCCAGCUUCUGGCGAUUGCCCUGCACAUGAGGAUCAGCCGGCGGGGGGUACCAAACUACCGGCCCCCCAGCAACGGAGAUGGCGGCUUCAGGAAGCUCUUAUCUAUACCACUCUGCACUGUCUACAGCUGCCGCUACAGCUCUUCUCUCGCAGCCCCCCAAACCCGCUGAACCCGUCCAUACCGCAAGAAACCAGCACAGAGACCCCGCUAAACAGCCAGGGCUGUAAGGUGGAGGUCUUGGUGGGUUCCUCGUCCGACCUGAUCCCCCAGCUGAAGAAGAAACUGGAUGUGGACGCUUUUGAUUUUGUGUUCGUGGACCACUGGAAAGCGAGUUACCUUCGAGACGUCCGCCUGCUGGAGGAGUGCAGCUUGCUGCGGCCCGGCUCCGUCCUGCUGGCGGAUAACGUUACGUGUCCCGGAGCCCCCGACUUUCUGCAAUACGUGAGGAACAGUCCCCGGUUCCAAAGCCAGUACUUCCCGGCUCAGCUCGAGUACCUGCAGGUGCAGGACGGGAUGGAGAAGUCCGUCUUCCUGGGGUGAUGAAUACCGACGGCAGCCAAAAUGCUCCUGGAAAAACCGGCCACCCCCCUCUCUCACCAUCACGGAAGGCGGAGCGGACCCGGAACCAAAGGCCCUCGGGGGGGCGCUGGACUCGUCAUCGACGUUUACUGACUUUAGGAACCUCUAGGCUCUCACGGGAAAUGUUUGGACCUGAAUGUCCGUGUUCAGAAACC